UGCAAGCGCUAGGUUUUCCUGGUCUUGAGAGGAAAUCCGGUGGCGGCAGUGGAAAUUUCCAGGGACAUGGUGCAUUCCUCGUCCUGGGGAGGGUUCACGAUGCGUGUUCUUCGUCUGGGCGCUCAAUCUCCCCGUGAAUGCCAGGCUCGAUAUUUCCGUCAGCUGCUCAAGCCGGUUACGUAGAUCGCUCGCACGGGGCGCAAGAAGAUUAAAUCAUCGUGUUCCCGGCACCUAGGGUUGGAUUGAGCGCGAGUAUGGAGCGUGUUGAGCUGGAUUUGUCACAGGCCGAGCUUGAGAACGUCUUACAUUUCUCUGGAGCGAUCGGCAAAGAGGAGGUGGAAUUCCAAUUUGCCGAUCGUGUGAAGAGGCCGCCGCCGGCGAAGUAUGUUCUCUUCGAUCAGUGUGGAAGCGAGAAAGUGGUGGUGGUGCAUUCGGAUGGAGUGUCUCCAGUUCUUCCGGACGCCCUUGUUCACGAUCACAACACCACAGGAUCUCAGACUCUCCAGGCGCUGCUAAGCUCGGCUGGCCUGCAAGAUAAAGCGUGCGAUCUCCAAGUCUACAAGAACGCCAUGGCAGCAGCGCUCCUGGAGUUCGAGAGCUCUCACUCUGGGGAGGAGAGGCUUGAGCUCUUUGAUUCGAUGGAGCAGCCGCUUCAAGCAAACUCGGGCAGCUGGCAGGAGAACACGGACGAUCUCGACGCGCUCAUGGAGUCGGACGAGGAAGAAGUGUCCGAGCUCAACAGUGCGAGCGUUACCAGUGCCUUGACACGAGAAGAUCACAGUGGUGGAGUGGAGCUCAGUGGCUACUUAUCCUCCGAGGGGGAGACCGACGGCAAAGGAAGAUCAUCCCGACGAUCCCGAGACUGCCGCUUGUCAGUUCGCUCCACCAGAAGCAGCAAAAAGUCGAGGAGGCAGACGAUCAAGUACAAGAUCCAGGUCUUGAGAAACAUCAUACCGGGGGGAGCGGGAAUGGAGGCGGCAAGCGUUUUGGAGGAAACCAUCCGCUAUAUCACAAGCUUGGAAUCUAUGGUCAGAUCAACCAGGUGGGCAGUGCUUGCUUGCGUGAUCUCUCGCGUUUGUAUUGAUUGCUUCCAGAUUUUGCAGUUCAAAGCCAUGAAAAGCGAACAGCCAAGGCCGUGCUGUAACUAGUGUUCUUUUGUUUCGGGAUAGGAAUAUUAAAUCGCUUGGCUUUCUUUCUUU